AUCUAGGAUGUAUCUCAGACAUAAGUAUAAAGUUGCCAACAAAGUGGGCGACCAAUAAAAGAGGCCAACGAGCAAUGAGAAUCGAAACCUGAACCCAAACAAACUUACACAACUAGAACAGCCCCAACAACAAAAUGCCGAAAUAACUUUGCUAGCCGCAGCCAGCCCGCUUGCCGUCACCACACUUCCCUGUUUCUUCGCCUCACCGUUUUCCCUCAGCCGCCGGCGUCGUUUUUCCAUCACCGUUUUCCUCAGCCUCCUCCCCUUCCUCUUUCCCUUCCCCUAAUUACUUCCUCUCACAAAUCAGCCGCAUCAAAGACACGGGAACGAUGAGGGGAUGGUGGAGACUAGGAAAAUGGACGGUCCUGAUUAUGUUUCUUCACAUCAUAGCCAUUUUAAUAUUCACCAAAGGCUUUCUCUUAACCCGAACUGAGCUUGCCCAUUCCAGCCGGUGCUCCGACCUUUCUCAAUCUCCCUGCCUUUCUUCUUCUUCCUCUUGUUGGACCAAGCCGGCUGUUGAUCGUCUCAUCAUCGUUGUCCUCGAUGCGCUGCGUUUUGAUUUCGUUGCUCCAAGUUCUUUUUUUGAGAAAAAACAACCUUGGAUGGAUAGAUUGAAAGUGUUACAAAGGGUGGCUUUAAAGAACCCUUCCUCUGCUAAGAUUUUUAAAGCUAUCGCUGACCCACCAACUACCAGUUUGCAACGUUUGAAGGGAUUGACAACAGGGGCACUCCCUACUUUUAUUGAUGUUGGGAAUAGCUUUGGUGCCCCUGCCAUUGUUGAAGACAAUUUCAUUAAUCAGUUGAUUCAAAAUGGAAAGAGAGUGAUGAUGAUGGGAGACGACACAUGGAUGCAGUUGUUUCCGAAUCAUUUCAACAAAUCUUAUCCAUACCCUUCUUUUAAUGUUAAGGAUCUUGAUACGGUAGAUAAUGGAUGCAUUGAGCACCUAGUUCCAUCACUAUAUGAACAAGACUGGGAUGUCCUUAUUGCACAUUUUCUUGGCGUGGAUCAUGCAGGGCACAUCUAUGGUGUUGAUUCUGUUCCAAUGAUUGAAAAGUUGGAGCAGUACAAUAUAAUUUUAGAGAAAGUAAUUGAAGUGCUCCAGAACCAGUCUGGACCUGGCGAGUUACAUGAAAAUACUUUACUUCUUGUAAUGGGUGACCAUGGGCAAACCUUAAAUGGGGAUCAUGGAGGAGGAAGUGCUGAGGAGGUUGAAACGUCAAUAUUUGCUAUGAGUUUUAGAGAUUUGCCUCCUAUGCCAUCUGACUUUGAUUCUUCAUCUUGUGAGGCAGCUAGGAAUAUAUGCAUCAGCUCCAUCCAACAGCUUGAUUUUGCAGUAACAGUGUCAUCGCUGCUUGGUGUCCCCUUUCCAUUUGGAAGCAUUGGACGUGUUAAUCCUGAGUUAUACGCUUUAGCUGUGGGUACGUGGAACUUGGAGAAGUAUAAAACAGGGAAUGGUCAAGAUAAAAAAACGUUGGAAGAAUGGAUGCAAAAUUAUAUUAAUGUCCUCUGCGUCAAUUCAUGGCAGGUGAAAAGAUAUAUUGACGUCUAUUCAGCUUUAUCAGUUAUUGGAUUUUCCUCUGAAGACCUAUUCCACAUAUCAGAUUUAUAUGCUAAAGCAGAGGAGAAUUGGUCAUAUACUAAGAAUUUAUUGUUGUACAAAAAUGAAAGUUUCGACACAUCAUUGCCAGAUCUUAAAAGGCAAAUUGAUGGCUAUUUUAAUUUUCUCUCUUAUGUUGCUGAGCUAGCUCGCUCCAAGUGGACUGAUUUCAAUUUAAAGAUGAUGGGCACUGGUAUUGGGAUUAUGCUAUUAUCUCUAUAUGUUCAUUUCCUUGCCAUUAAGAAGGUGAAUAAGUCAUAUGGUGUCUCUCUUCCUUCAUCCAGAGAUUCUGGAAUUUCCUUUGGGUUAAUAUUUGCUUCCUUUAUAGUGGUGAUACGUGCAUGCAGCCUACUUUCAAAUAGCUUUAUUUUGGGAGAAGGGAAAGUUGCUAAUUUCCUUAUGGCCACAACUGGCAUCAUGUCAUUACGUUCUUCUUUCAUGAAGAAGAAGAUGCUACUUGAAGCAACUAUAUUUCUUCUUUUGACAUUCAUUCUUAGAAUUGCUAUUGAAGUUGGGCUAUCUAAGCAAGCUGCCACUUCUCAGUUCAUGAGUGUAUCCUCUUCAUGGAUGCGUGGGAUUUCUAUAAGCCAACCAGUGUGGACAUAUAUGGCUGAAAUCGUGCCAAUUCUUGCAUUAAUGAUAUUAGGAUACUUUCUUUAUAAGGCCAUUUCUAGCUGCUGUUGGGGAAUUCCGAAGUAUGUUAUCAUGGGAACAAUUUUAAGCUAUUUGCUCAUAGCUUUGCAUUGGGCAACUGAAAGCAACAUAUUGGAUCUGGCCCAUUUGCUUAAAGGAAUUGGAAAAAGUUGCAUCCCUCGGACAAUUUAUGCUAUUGGACUUGGUCAGCUGUCAUUGUUGGCAUUUGGUCAGCUGUUCAGCAAGGAGGACACUUCAAAUUACAAAGGAAGCUUGUUUGUUAAAAUGAUAUCUAUUUUAUCUGCAUGCAGUUCAACAAUUAUUCUUCUUCUGGGAAAACAAGGUGCCUUGGUUGCAUUAGGAUCCAUGGUAGCAGGUUAUUGCAUAAUGAGACUUGAAGGUAUAGAACGGCACACCUUUAAUGGGGCUGUAGGAAUUUCAAGUUUGGAUCCUCUUCCUGUUGUCCAGUGGAGUCUGUUAGCUGUGUGUCUGUUUUUUGCAACUGGUCACUGGUGUGCUUUUGAUGGCCUGCGAUAUGGUGCUGCGUUUAUUGGGUUUGAUGAGUUCAUUCUUGUGCGACAAGCAAUCCUUCUGACAAUUGAUACAUUUGGAUUUUCUCACAUCCUUUCUGUAUUUGGGCUGCCUCUUUUUGUUGCAUGGCCAUCUUUCUUCAAUCAGACUGAGCACAGGAGGAGCCUCUUUUCUAUAAAGUUAUUCCAGAUAUUUAUGAUGUAUGGACUCAUUACGGCUACUACUGUCACUGCUACUAUACUGUGUGUCGCCAUCCAAAGGCGGCAUCUAAUGGUGUGGGGAUUAUUUGCUCCUAAGUUUGUUUUUGAUGUGUUGGGGCUUAUCCUUACAGAUCUCCUCAUUUUUUUGGCAUCCAUAUACUAUUUUAGUGGAGAAGAGGAUUGUAUGCAAUGUGAUCGUGGUACUGAGAUUGAGGAGCCAUUUGGUUAGUUUUACUUAGCAUAGAAAAAUGAGUAGAUGACAGCUGAAAAACUCUUUUGAGAUAGGCUACAUAAAAAAAAUUUUCAGGAUAAAGAGUGGAAAACAUUAGGAAUUUUACUUAAUCUAUUGCGGAUUGUUCAUUUAUUCUUCCAAAAAUCAAAGCAAAUAUGUCACCCAAUUAUAUCCUUUCUGCUUUUCUCUUCCAUUCUCUCUCUUCGAUAUUGUACAACUUCCACAACUCUACUUUCUUUAUUUUUAUUUUAGAACUGUUCUUUUUUUC